AGAAGGACCUUUGAUACCUGGAGGAUGACUUUGCUGACCACCUUAAAAGAAAUUAUCUGAUUAUGGAUCAAACAUGAAGAGGGCCGACCGAUGAGAAUUGAGUUUGAGUAAGUGCAGAUUUUUCAGUUGUCACGUGACUGAAGUGGAGGCUGCUGGUUGGACGACGCUGUUGGCGCCACAAUGAGCAGAGAUGGCGAAGUGGUCUGUACAGGUUGGCUCAGGAAAUCUCCACCAGAGAAAAAGCUACGCCGUUACGCCUGGAAGAGGCGUUGGUUCGUGCUGCGUAGCGGCCGACUGAGCGGUGAGCCUGAUGUUCUGCAGUAUUACAAGAACGCACAUUCCCGUCGGCCCAUCAGAACCAUAAACCUGAGCAUGUGUGAGCAGGUGGACGCCGGCUUGUCGUUCACAAAGAAGGAACUGGAGAAAAGCUUUGUUUUUGAUGUAAGGACGGAGGAGAGGACGUGGUACCUGGUGGCUGAGUCCGAGGAAGACAUGAAUCACUGGGUGGCCUCCAUCUGCCUGCUGUGUGGCUUCAACCCAACAGACGAAGUACAUGAUGACGUUCCCGUCUCCAGCACUUCCCCUGGCAUCACUAUUGCCACGGUAACGGUCUCUGGAGCCCCCUACGAGCCUGUCGGAGUGCGCCCCCGGGUGAUGGAAGGUGGCAGUGUGGAGGAUUACGUGUGGCUAGCGCAAUGUCGAACACACAUCAGGCCUCCACAAGGUUCCUCUACCUCUCUAGAUAGCGACAGUGGCGACCACCUCUUUCCUACUCCCUCUAUCGCCUCUUCCUCCUCUUCGCCCUCGCCCUCCCGACUUCCCACCAGCCUCCCUCCGCCUUCCUCCGGCUCUCGGACGGCGCCAUGGACAUCUGCUGCCACAACAGAUGCACUUAGCCAGUCUCUGAACUCUAUCACGAGUCCUUACCUCCAGAGAGCAGGCGAGAGACCUCGAUGUCACCCCUCUCCACAUCCAAGGAAGCAUUCACUGGAUUUCCACCUGCGCCCCGUGGCAAUCGCUGCCUCCAGUGGCUACCAGAUACCCCGCCCUGCAGCCGCACAUCAGCCACACACCCCUCUGCGCCCCUAUUCCACCCCUAGUGUGGACUCCUUAACACAGGCUGAGCUUUUCACCUCCACCCCGACUCCUCCACCGCGCCCGCCUAAGCCCAUUGCCAUGGCAGCCAUCGGUGAGAGUCUGACGAACGGGCAGGGCUCUGAGUCGGGGCCGAGCCCUGGAAGCGUGGAAGUUGCCGGGGGAGUGACCAGGAGUAACUCUGCCACCACACCUAGACGUUGUGAGUCUCUGACGCUGUCUCGCUCGCUCUCAGACAGAGCGAGCCUGUUUGACUUCAGCGAUAGCUUCAACAGCUACUUUUUGAAUAAAGGCAUGGUGCCUCUGGGCAGUGUUUGUUCCGAAGACAACGAUGCGGAUGAAAAUUAUGUUCCCAUGAACGCCGCCACCAUCGAGCCCCCUCACCUGGCGCGACCUUCGGAAACACCCCACAAUCACCAGGAGGCCAACUACGUUUCCAUGACCCCUCUCGGCCCUCACCUCGCCGCUGCAGCUGACCCGCCGUCAUUGGGGACACAGGUGCCCCCGGCUGCUCACACAGGCUUCCGUAUACCCUCAUUGAUGCCCCUCACUGCCCCUCACCCGAGGGAGGGAGAGCUGGAGACGGUGCCGCCGCCCGUUCAUCGCAAUUUGAAGCCACAACGCAGAGUCAGACCAGCGCCCCUCAACAUCCCUCCAGUGCAGCAGGACUGGCAAGAAGUCCCGCCCCCUGUGCGCUCACCUGUCACUCAGACCUUCACAAGACCCCCGUCCAGUCGUCGUACAGUCAGGCCCACCUCCUCCCACAGUUCAUUUUCCUCCUCCGACUCUGAUGAUCUCGACGACAGCUACGUUGCCAUGACGAACAGUAGUCUCAGCUUCAGCGCAGAAGAGUGUUCUCUGAGGCUCAUGCUACAUCGUGCAUCUGAGGGAGGAGUCAGCAGCCCAUUGGUCAGGCGAGCCAGAGGCAGCAAACAUGUGGAGUACCUGGACCUAGACCUCCACGUGGGACGAGUGACACCGACAAGGCAGAAACGCUGCACGGAUGAUAGCGGCGACAAACUGGCUGGAGGCGUCGAGGAGCACGCCCGGGGAGACCGAACUCGUGUGGACUACGUGGUGGUGGACCCCAAGAGGACCAAGGCCCUGAGGAAUACCAGGGAGGCGUGGCACGAUGGGAGAAUGUCCACGGAGAAGUGCAAGGAGCACAGCUGAGAAGCCAAGUAUGGUCGUUUCCGUGCCAACAUCAAUGGUUCAAAACCUUGAAUUGAAGUAUUUAUUUCAAACCUGCACAGUACAACAACAAACGGUUUUGUUUUGUUUUUACAUUUUGGCAGAGACAUUUAUGCAAGGCUUGAAAAGGGGUUGGAUGAAGCAGAUGUUUAUAAUAUCCCAACCCCUCUCACUCAUUCCACAUUUAACAUAAACAAUAUAAUACAAGAACAAUACUGUACAAACAAAAACAAGAAAAGCUCCUGUACACUAACAAUACAAUAGUACCACUGUUACUAUGAGACAAGACGAGACAACACACACACACACACACACACACACACACACACACACACACACACACACAGGCCCAAACACUCCCUGACCAUACGCCUCUCUCCCAUCGCUCUGUGCUGAGGGCAUCACUCUCUUUCCUCCUCGUACUUCUUUAGUACUUCUUUUUUAAACAGUCUUUUAAAUGUAAUCAUGUUAGAACAGGUUUUUAACUCGUCCCCUAAGUUGUUCCACAGACUGACUGCACGCACUGAAAUGCACAUUGAUUUUAAAGUUGUUCUAAAUUUAGGCAAAUAUAAUUUGUUGUUUCCUCUUAGACUGUAACUAUGGUGAGCAUCUCUAUCCUGGAAUAGGUUCUGUAUAUUGGAUGGUAGAGAGUUUUGGGAUGCCCUAAACAUAAUUUGAGCAGUUUUAGAAUUGAUCACAUCGUGCAGUUUAAGUUGCUUUAACUCCAUGAAUAGUGGAUUUGAAUGAUGUAAGUAGUGAACAUUGGACACAAUCCUAAUGGCCUUUUUCUGUAGAGUGACUAAAGGCUGUAAAUGGGAUUUAUAACAAUUUCCCCAGACUUCAACACAAUAGUUUAAAUAUGACAUAAUAAAUGAAUGAUACAAUAACAGCAGAGCAUUGGUGUUCAAUAAAUGACAUGAUCUCCUCAUCAUUCCAACACAUUUAGCAACUUUUGUCCUCAGGUAACUUAUAUGAGGCUUCCAUGAUAUAUUUAUACCUUAUUUUGGUAGCCACGCCCAAAUCUCAACACAUCCAAGAGCAUCUCUAAAGAUGAUUUUAGCAAAUGGAUUUUACUUUUCUUUCUGUGAAUAAACAACGCUGAAAACAUCACUUAAUGAGGUUCCAGAGUGACUUAAGCUGUCCCUUUUUGUUUUGAAUUGAAUCUCUCUCAAAGGUUUUCUUUUUUGUUAAGUAUACUAAGUAUACCGGUACAUGGUUACUAAGAGCACAUUUUGAAAGUAUAGUGUUGUUCUAAACCAGGGGUCGGGAACCUUUUUGGCUGAGAGAGCCAUGAAAGCCAAAGAUUUUAAAAUGUCUUUCCGUGAGAGCCAGAUAAUAUUUUUUAACAUUGAAUACAACUAAAUGCGUGUAUUUUUAAGUGAGACCAACAUUUUUAGAGUGUAAUAAGUCUCUUAUUCUUUUUAAUAACAUUGUUAUUCUGAAGCUAAUCAAUAAUAAAUAAAAUACUUCUUACCAAUAAUGCGACUUCUUGAACAGGUGCGGUAUAGAAAACGGAUGGAUGGAUUAAAAUGAAUGAGAAUGUUUUAUAUUUUGAACGUUAUUUUUAACACUGUGAUUACCAGCGGAAUUAUUCAUUACUUAUCAUGUUAAGCAAUAUCAGCUAAGAUUUAUCUGAGAGCCAGGUGCAGUCAUCAAAAGAGCCACAUCUGGCUCUAGAGCCAUAGGUUCCCUACCCCUGUUCUAAACCAUUACGGUCGUUAUUUAUUUCCCGAAAAUUACAUUAGUAAUAUUUCCACCAAACAUUGAAGGAGCUCCAUUACUGUGCCUUGUAAUAUCAAACAGAUGUUUGAUUAAAAAAAAUACCUGUACUGAGACCGUAGUACAGGCUAUUCAACUGGCGUCCCGGGGCCAAAUCCAAACCGGGAAUGACACUGUAUUAGCCCCCCAAGUUCAGUUCAAAAUUUGGGAGAGACUAUAGAUUUUUUUGCAGCAAAUUGAAUAUAAUGAAAACACCAUAGCGCUCAUAGAGGAACUUGGACAAACACAUUGGCAGAGUCUUGCAUUGACAUUUUAACCUCCCAAAGCAUCUACUGCAGCACUCAUCUGUAUUUUGCAUAACUGGUCCAUCUUUUCUGAAAUGUGCAACUCUGACAAGAAAAUAGACCAAAAACAAAUGUCCAAUACGAAUGCCCCUGUGGUCUUCAGCUCUCUGGAAAUGUGGCCCCUUGAACAAUUUAGUUGAAUAGCCCUGCCAUAGUAAGGGAACCAGAAAGUGACACAUUUAUUUUGCAUUGUUUUGUGUGUGUAAACCUUACCUCCUUUUGCACUAUUUCUUUUCUUUCUGUCCUAUGUUUUGCAUAUUUAUAGACUGUCACACUGAUACUGAAGUUGCCUUUAAUCUCAUUGUACCUGUAUAUAGUGACAAUAAAAGGCAUUCUAUUCUAUUCUAUAAAAAAAA